AUGUCGCUGGUAUACAUUGUUCAACAGAUCAUGGCUUACAGUGGCAUUUUCUUUCUUGUUUUUGGGAUGUUCGGUAAUACAAUGAGUAUCUACAUAUUCUCAAGUGUUCCAACAUAUCGACGAACACCGGCAACAUUUUAUUUUCUCAUCGAAUCAAUUUUUAAAAUUCUUUUCCUCAUCAUCAACCUUUUGCCUCGCGUCGUCGUUUUAGUCAUUGGAUAUGAUUUUACUAACACAUCAUCAUUUUGGUGUAAACUACGACAAGGAACCCUGAUAGUUUCAGCUACGAUAGCAAUUACUCUGGCUAGUUUAUGUAUGAUUGAUCAAUAUUUAAUCACAUCAUCCAAUGCAUCAGUUCGUCGAUUGAGUCAAAUUAAAAUCUCUCAUCGCGUUUCUUUUAUUAUUACAGUUAUCUGUUGUCUUCAUGCGAUUCCAUUCUAUUUAUAUAUUGAAAUAUCACCAAUAACAAAAACAUGUGUUCCCGUCAAUCCCGGUCUAGCUGCUUAUGUUCCAAUAUAUUUUCUUAUCAUUCUCUGUGGAAUUCCAGCAUCGAUCUUACUCAUAUUUGGAAGUUUAACUUAUCGAAAUAUUCGUCGAACCAUCAAUCUUUCUGAGCGAUGCGCUGAUAGACAACUCUUGAAGAUGACAGUUUUACAAAUAAUUCUUCUUGUGUGCUGUACGGGUCCACUAGGAGUUUAUUAUCUAUACAGUCUAUUUACAUCUGAAAUUAUCAAAGAUCAAGAUCGAAUAACGAAAGAAUAUCUUGCUUAUGCGAUGAUCAGUACUGAACAAGGAUUUUAUUACUCAUCAAGUUUCUACAUAUUCUUGUUCUCAUCAAGAGUUUUCCGUCGACAUGUAAAGCAACGUUUACUAAGACAACGGCGUACCAAUUCAGUUGUUCCAAAUAAUCAAAUCCAGUAA